CCCAAUGUCCCAAAGCUGUUAUUUGAUGUCAAUUUGUGUGAACUGGUUGGCGUUUAUGGUGUUUUGUUGCUGUUCUUUGUUCUCUGCAAAUGCUUUUGUUUCGUUACGGUGAUUGCCGCUGCUACCUUUCACAGUUGGCUUUCUCCAUCUUCUAACUCGUCCCUGUUUCCCAAAAUCUAUGUCCCGGCUCAACAAACGAGGUAGAUCAAAUACAAUGAGCUUUGGAGAGGCGGUGAAUGAAGAGAAGUCGAGAUUGAGAGCGCAGAUAGGUUCGAGGCCGCCGAGGUGUGAGAGGAGAUGUAACUCAUGCAAGCGCUGCGAAGCCGUUCAAGUGCCUACAAAUCCCAGCAGGUCUUCUUCUUCAAUGUUAAUCUCUGUCCCCGAUGUUGCUGCCUAUGAAAGAGGAGAUGCAAACUCCAAUUACAAGCCCAUGAGUUGGAAAUGCAAAUGUGGGAACUUCAUCUUCAACCCUUGAAAUACAGUUUUCUGUUUUCCAUUUCAUAAACACAUAUUUUAUGUUCUU